CCGGCGGGCCUGAUGCAGCUUGGACAAGUCGCGUGCACCGGACUGGGGGAGGAUAUAACAGGUUCAAGUGACGGCAAAAUGGCCAUUAACAAGCAGUCGGAUCAGGUCAGCAAUAGCGUGGUGGAUACGGAGCACAGCGGAAGAGACUGGACAGAGCAAAAAGAGCGACAGAGAGUAAACCGUGCAUUGGAAGGUGGUAUUGGGUCCUCCCAUCUCCGCCCAGAGUGCAAUUUGGCCCUCUCGCCAAGUCCGAGAGCGCACACGUUGAAGCUUGCCGCUACCGUGGCGUUGCGCCUGAAUAAUGUCGCGGCACAGGAGAGCGCAGCACAGCACCCACAGCGCCGGCAGCGCCUCAAUCGCUUCAAAGUUGGAUGGAUCGAUGGCUACUGGACACGGGCGCAGCGCAGUCUCAGCGCUUCAUGGCUGGGACAGACAGCGGGUGCACAGAUACUGGUUGCUGUCGCCGAUUUAAUCAUGGUCCAUGACUGGAAAAUCUCCCAGGUUCCCAUUGCCAGGGCCCUAGGGCCUGCCAGGUCUCUUCCUGGCCUACUCGUACUGCUAGAGGCCAACGACCAGAGUCGGUCGGGACUGGAGAGAGCAGAAGCGGCAGUGUCCAAGUCUGGCUAG